UAUAAAGCACUUCUCACACACUCUCACACACCAACAGAUCAAGUGAGGAGAAAUCAUGUGCAGCAGCAGCAGCUCCAACACACCAGACCAGGGUGUGAGAGUGGAUCUGGAGUGUGUGAAGAACAACACCGAUCAUCACACACACGAGAUCACACAGGAGCGUCUGAUCAUCCGCAGGGGACAGGCCUUCAGUCUGAAAAUCAGUGCUGAGAACAUACAGCAGAACCACAUCUCCAUCACUGCUGAGACCGGCCCCGGUGUGAGUGAAGUGAAGCACACACUCUUCUCCUUCAGCACUCAGAGCUCCACUAACCCCGCUCAGGUGUGCAGCCGCUCUGAGUCCUCCGUCAGCCUGGCGCUGGUGUUUCCGUCUGAUGCUCCAGUUGGGCGAUACUCUGUGUGUGUGAAGCACGGAUCCUCCAGCUGUAUGAACACACUGACGCUGCUCUUCAACCCCUGGUGUAAAGGUACACACACACACACACAUAACAUAAUGAUUAGUGAAGUUUGUGUUGUAUGGAGUGAUACUUGUGUGUGUGUGUGUGUGUGUGUGUGUUCUCUCCCUCCAGAUGACCAUGUGUAUCUGCCGAGUGAAGCGGAGCGGCAGGAGUACAUCAUGAGUGAGCAGGGCGUCCUGUAUAAAGGAGUAGAUGAAUACAUCACCAGCAUGAACUGGGACUACGGUCAGUUUGAGGAGGACAUCGUGGACAUCUGCCUGAAGCUGCUGGAUCUGAACCCCAAGUGUCUGAAAGACCCUCAGGAGGAUUAUUCAGCUCGCUGCAACCCUGUAUACGUCAGCCGAGUGGUCAGCGCUAUGAUCAACUGUAAUGAUGAUCAGGGUGUUCUGGCGGGUCAGUGGGGCGACUCGUACACCGGUGGGGUUCCUCCGUCCCGCUGGAGCAGCAGUGUGGAGAUUCUGCGCCGCUGGGUUAAAUACAACUGCAGUCCUGUCAAAUACGGCCAGUGCUGGGUGUUUGCAGCUGUCAUGUGCACAGUGCUGCGGUGUCUGGGUAUCCCGUGUCGUGUGGUCACCAACUAUCAGUCUGCUCACGACACUGACCGUAACCUCGUGGUGGAUGAAUACUUCAGUGAUUACGGCGUUCGGCCCAAGAACAGCCAGGACAGUGUGUGGAACUUCCAUGUGUGGGUGGAGGCCUGGAUGAGGAGACCCGACCUGACAGAGGACACACUGUAUGACGGCUGGCAGGUGCUGGAUCCUACACCACAGGAGAAGAGCUCAGGCACGUACUGCUGUGGUCCGGCACCAGUCAUGGCUAUCCUGGAGGGUCACACAGAGGUCAAGUAUGACGUGCCCUUUGUGUUUGCGGAGGUCAACGCUGAUCGAGUGUGCUGGCUGCUGAUGACGGACGGGUCCAGGAAGAAGAUCAUGUCAGACAGCAGAAGUGUGGGUCAGAACCUCAGCACUAAAGCUGUGGGCAGCAGCAGCCGGCUGGACAUCACUGACCUCUACAAACACGGCGAGGGCUCAGCGCAGGAGAGAGCCGUCUACACUGAAGCUGUGCACAGACUGACUGACCUGCAGAUCCCCGAGUCUCCUCCAGUCAGUGUUCAGAUGAGGCUCAGUCUGGACGUCCCGCCGCUGAACGGAGCUGAUGUUCCGCUGAAGCUCUUCCUGAAGGGCAGCAGAGCGCAGUGUGUGUGUGUAAACAUCAGCGCGCAGGUCAUGAGGUACACUGGAGCCCCGGCGGCUGCAGUCUGGAGCCACAGCACUGAUGUCCAGCUGCAGGACACUGAGGAGAAAGCUCUGUCCUUCACACUGCCGUACUCUGCAUACGGACACAGAAUGCUGGAAAACAACUGCAUUAAAGUCUCCGCCAUCGCUAGAGAGAAGAACAACCCAAAGGACACAUAUCUGACCGAGAAAAACAUCAUUCUGCACACUCCAAACCUCAGCAUCACUGUAAGCGGUUCUCCUCUGCUGGACAGUGAGAUGACGGCUACUGUACAGUUUGAGAAUCCUCUCUCCUCAACGCUGCAGAACUGCUCCAUCAGUCUGAGCGGCAGUGGUCUGCUCAAAAGCACAGAGAAGUCCAGUACGGUGCAGCUCGGCCCGGGACAGAGGAUCAGACUGCAGGUCAGCUUCACACCCUACAGACUGGGACUCAAGAAGCUGAUGGCCACCUUCAACAGCGCCACCUUCAAGGACGUUCAGGCCAGUGCGGAUGUCGAUGUGAGAUCAGCGUGAGGUCAGCAGGAGGUCAGCGUGCUCCUGACCCUCAGCACAUAAACACCAGCACAGACCGGCUCACAUCUCUGCAGAUUAUACACGGUUAAUAUCCAAACAUCUCAGAUUCUAGACUCAGAGAACAAGAUCAGCAGUGUUGGGGAAAGUUACAUCAGAGAGUAAUGCACUACAAUAUUGAGUUACUCCACAAAAAGCUGUUACUUAGUCACUUUUUAUGGCACGUAAUGCAUUACAACACUUUUGAGUUUAUUUUCUGCCCUCAUAAGGCUUGAUUUCUUUCACAACUCAUUAUUUUUUCUUAAAUAGAGGAGCUCUGCAAUGCACAACACACUGUAGAACCUUCACUUACCUUUAAAAACACACAUCAAUAACACUAAUGUAGGAUAAAGUUAUCUUCUGAGCACUUCCAGAGCUCUGCAUGCCGUAUAUACAAUCUGUUUGUGCAAUACAAUAAUGACCGUUUACAGCAGUGUGUUUGCUGCUGUUAGUCUCAUUAGUGCAGUAAAUCAGUGUGAUUGAGACUAUUAUAAUCCCCUUUUCCUGUUCUUCAUCUGUUCAGAAUAAUGAGAAAACUUCCAGCAUUGAGAAAUGUAAGCUGAAGUAAUCAUGUUCUGUCUGUUCCUGCAUUCCCUCAUCAGUGCCGGAUUCAACACUCUUGGUAAUUCAGCUACUGAUUAUUUAAAAGCUAACUAAUUAAACUAAAAAGUAACUCAAAUAGUAUACAUUUAUUAAAGUAAUGCAUUUCUAUACUCAUUACUUAGAAACAUAAUAUUAUUACUUAACUUCUUGUAAUGCGUUUCCCCAACACUGAUUACAUAGUCUAUGUCCUAAGUCUAUGAUAAUCCACAGGGCAACUUUUCAAGCAGCAUUGCAGGGAACAAAUGAUGCAUAAAUGGACACCCAGCGAGACAACUGAUUACAACAGUGGGUUACAGAUACAAUAUAGAUUAUCCAUUCUUAAUAGAAAAGCAGCCAAACUACAUCAAUCUGCAUAAUUGCCUGGCAACAUUGCUCAAAAAUAAGAUUACAUAUACAUACAGAUGAAGUCAGAAUUAUUUGCCCCCCUGUUUAUUUUUUCCCCAGAUUCUGUUUAACAGAGAGCAGAU